AAAAAUCCGUCAAGAUGGUCAAGAAGAGGGCGAACAACGGUCGCAACAAGAACGGCCGCGGCCACGUCAAGCCCGUGCGCUGCUCCAACUGCGCGCGCUGCACCCCCAAGGACAAGGCCAUCAAGAGAUUCACCAUCCGCAACAUGGUUGAGUCCGCUGCCAUCCGUGAUAUCUCCGACGCCUCCGUCUUCACUGACUACGCCGUCCCCAAGAUGUACCUCAAGCUGCAGUACUGUGUCUCCUGCGCUAUCCACGGCAAGAUCGUCCGUGUCCGCUCCCGGGAAGGUCGUCGCAACCGUGCCCCUCCUCCUCGCAUCAGGUACAACAAGGACGGCAAGAAGCUGAGCCCCCCUCAGGCUGCUAAGGCCAACUAAGGGAAAGGAAAUGGAAUGAAUCAUUAAUCACUUUUUUCCCUCGAAAGAGAACAAAAAUGGAAUUAGUUUGAAAAAGGGCCAAUUCCUGCUCGGCGUAACGCUCUUCUCUUGAUCAUGUGUGCUUGAUGAAACCAUCUUUUUCUUUACUUUUCAAUGAACGGGAUUCAGUUACGG